AUGAGAGGGAUAGAGGUAUCAUUGAAUCAAACGCAAAAGAUAAGGUUACAGAGAGCUCUGCAACAGCUAGAGUCAUUGUAUUCUAAAGCCAACUCCAAUACUUCUGUAACCGUCGCUGAUACCAUCCCCAUUAGCUAUGAAGACACCAUUCUCAAGGGUCAUGGCACCUCCGAGCGCGACGGUGACGUGGUGGCGACACUCUGUGGAGUGGUGGAGCGUGUUAACAAAUUAGUCUACGUUCGCACUUUACGCGCCAGGUAUAAGCCAGAGAUUGGAGAUAUUAUAGUUGGGCGUGUUGUUGAGGUUGCUCAGAAGCGUUGGAAAUUGGAAAUUAAUUUCAGCCAAGAUGCUGUUUUGAUGCUUUCUUCAAUGAAUUUGCCUGAUGGGAUUCAGAGGCGGCGAACUGCGGUGGAUGAACUCAACAUGCGCACUAUUUUUGUGGAGAAUGAUGUUGUGUGUGCUGAAGUCCGUAAUUUUCAGAAUGAUGGUAGCUUACAACUGCAAGCAAGAAGUCAGAAGUAUGGAAAGCUUGAGAAGGGUCAGUUGCUCACAAUUCCUCCCUAUCUUGUGAAAAGACAAAAACAUCAUUUCCAUCAUUUGGAACAGUAUGGAGUGGAUCUGAUACUUGGAUGUAAUGGGUUUGUUUGGGUUGGUGAACAUUUCGAGGCCAGGGACAGUAUUGUAGAGGAUCAACUAAACGAUACCGAACAACCAUCCACCAAAUCCAAUAUGACUUCCAAAGACAUGCCGCUAGAGACAAGGCGGAGCAUAUGUCGGAUUGCAAAUGCUAUCCGCGUAUUGUCAACUUUAGGGUUUAAUUUAACUUUAGAAGUGAUACAGGAGACUAUAAACUUGAGUAGCACACUGAAUCUUGGAAUAGAUGAGAUGCUUGGGUCAGAGUUCCAUGUUUUGGUAGCAGAGAGAGAAGCUGAACGGCGCACUUCGAUGACAAAAAGGAAGGGGUGA